AUGUCCGACCGUCGGUGCAUCAAUGAUAAUUGUCAAUCAAAACCUAAAUGUAAGCUGUUCGCCGCCCAAAAAAAUAUGUGCGAUUAUUAUAAUGUCGUUUACAUGCCAGAUCGCCAAGUGUGUGGGGCCUGUAUGCAGAAAUGUAUCAUAUAUUUUGAUAGGAUUGGUAGACGGUUUAAAAACGGACAAUGUAUACUCGACGACAGAUAUCCAAAAAAACAAUCCGUUAUAAUUGAGUUAUCAGACUCUGAUGACGAUAAUGCCGUCGACAAUUAUACCGAGCCCUCAACAGAAAACCCCGACCCUCAAAUAGCUGAAUUGAAUACAUCAUUGAGCACAAUCAUACAGGAUAGUGUUGAGCCAUUAUUCAAAAGACAAAAAGAAUUAUGCGAAAGCUAUUUGAUUUCUGAAAAAGCCAAACUAGUUGCUGGAAAAGAACAAAUAGACAAUUUGGUGGAUCAGGUAGAUCUGGCAAUCGGAAAACUAUACAACAACUUAUACAAAUUUGAUAGUCAAAGGAAGUUUAAGUAUGACCCAGAGAUAAGUAUUUUUGAAAACUUGGAUGAUGAUGUACCCAUUGUAUUAACUAAGACGUUACCUGGAUUGCUGGAUGAUUUACCCGAAGAAGGAUUACUAAUAAGACACUUAUUAAAAGUGGGUGACAAAGUGUAUGGGAUGAAACGUUCACAAAUGCACCCGUGGAUUGAGGCGACUAUUAAAUCAGCAGUUAGUGACACAUAUUUUAAUAUUCUAUUUGAUGAUGGGGGGGAAAAAGUUUUGAAUUAUAAAAAUUUAGCAUACAUAGAUGCUACAAGCCACGCACAGUAUCCAGUAGGCAGUAGAGUGAUCGCCAAAUUCCAAGAUAUGAACAUUCAAUUGACGGAUAAAUUCUAUGUAGGAGUAAUUGGAGAACCACCAAAAAAAUUCAACAAUUUCAGGUACAUGAUUUUCUUUGAUGAUGGAUAUACACAGUAUGCUUACCAUAAGAAUAUUCGCCUCGUGUGUGGUGAGUCACCAAAUGUAUGCGACGAUCUACAUGAAAAUAUUCGAGAAUCUGUGAAGACAUAUUUAAGGAACUAUCCAGAACGGCCUAUGGUGAAGUUUAAUAAAAAACAAGUAGUACGCACAGAGCUAAGAAACUUAUGGUGUUCAGCUAAAGUGAAAAACAUAGAUGCAUCAUUAGUACAGUUAAAAUUUCUUGAUAUGAAGGUCGAACACACAGAAUGGAUGUAUCGGGGCUCAAACAGGUUAAGCCCAAUAUAUAAUCAAUUAAAUAGUAACAAUCAAGAUAAGCGUGUACGUGGUACAGUGUUGACUGAUGUUAAUAAGUUAUUAAAUCGACCAUAUAUUGUAAUAGAAAAUUUAACUGAAGAUGAAAAAAGUGUUGACAUUGACAACAGUGACAAUACUCAAAAACCUCACAGAAGUAAUGGUGUAAUUAAAUCAAUUGAAAUACCAGCAAACUGUCCAAAACCGCUUCCUUACAAGCACCACGAGUGUUCUCAUUUUUGUAUGUUAUGGGUUCACUAUGACUACAGUCAAACAAAAUGUAUGAAUGUUUUAACCAUUCCAUUACAUUAUGGAUUUACGAGGUCUGUAUUAACAGACGAAAAGUUAAAAUUAAGAAAAGUAAUGUAUACCACUCCUUGCGGGCUUAAUAUAGACGAUGAAGACAAAAUGUACAAUUACUUGAAACUGACAAGUUAUGGUAAUAGCCAAAUGACAAUGGACUUAUUUAAUUUUGAUUAUUUGGUGAAUCCUCUAUCUUGGUUCACAGUACCAAAAGUGUUUAUUCGUAUACAAGACAUAUCUUAUGAGAUGGAGUUUAAACCAAUAAGCGUUUUCAACAGUUUGAAUGACUUAGUACCAGACCACAUAAAGUAUAUAACAAAACGUAUAACUAGCCCUAACGUUAAUUUAAAUAUAGACCCCAAAUUUUUAUGUGGAUGCGAUUGUAUUGAUAAUUGCGAAGACAAAAAUAAAUGUUCCUGUUGGCAACUUACUUACGAGGGUCCAAAAAAUUAUCCCGCUAUUUUCAAAGACCAUGGCAGCGUUGGCUACAGUUUCAAACGGCUACAUAAACAAGUAAUCACGGGUAUUUUUGAAUGUAAUUCCAACUGUAAAUGUAAGAAAACUUGUUUAAAUCGUGUUGUUCAGGAACCACUGAAGACGUCACUGCAACUGUUUUUAACUGAAACAAAAGGCUGGGGAGUGAGAACGCUCACUGAUAUUCCCAAAGGUAGUUUUGUUUGUACAUUUCUUGGGGUGGUUCGCACAGAGAAAGAUGCUGAUAAUGAUUUUUCGUUAAACUGGGGCGAAUAUCUGGCAGAUUUGGACUUUCUCGAUACAGUUGAAGAGAUCAAAGAUGGAUAUGAAAGUUAUGUGGUCCAGACUGAAAUUGAAGAUGAAAGUGAAGAUGAAAGUGAAGAUUAUACUAGUUCAUCUGAUGAUGAAGAGUUUAAUCCUAGUUGGGCAAUCAAGAGUAAAAUGAGUAUGUUUGAAUCUAGAAUGUCGUUACGGAAGAAUUUACAAAAUACAAAUACAAAAUCUGAUGGAAAACAUGAAUUAUCUAAGUUAAAUACUCAACAAAAAGUUGAAAGUAAAAACACAUCUUUGCUAAGCUACCUAGAUAAAGACCGUGGCAUCUACACGUUGGAUGCUAAGGUCAAUGGGAACAUAGGUCGCUAUUUUAAUCAUUCUUGUGACCCAAACAUAUUUAUUCAAAAUGUUUUUAUCGAUACACAUGACCUUAGAUUUCCAUGGGUGUCAUACUUUGCACUAUCAAAUAUUCGAGCAGGAACCGAACUAGCCUGGGAUUAUAAUUAUAUGAUAGGCAGCGUGAAAGACAAAAGACUUAUGUGCCACUGUGGGUCAAAAAAUUGCAAGGGCAGGCUAUUAUAA